CAAGGCUAGACGGCUUCACAAGAUGGCGGCGCACUGAGAGCGUAACAUCUGCGUUUCCAGGAGCUUGCCGCUGCGGCUGGUUCAAGAUUCCGGGCUUGUACAGGCCCAGGCCAGACCCGUUGUCUGACAGGAACAUCGGCAUCGGAGAUGGCUCUGAGUAAAUCAAUGCAUGCAAGAAAUAGAUACAAGGACAAACCUCCUGACUUUGCAUAUCUGGCAUCCAAAUAUCCUGAUUUUAAGCAGCAUGUUCAGAUAAAUCUGAAUGGAAGAGUGAGUCUUAAUUUUAAAGACCCUGAAGCAGUCAGAGCCCUGACUUGCACUCUCCUAAGGGAAGAUUUUGGACUUUCCAUUGAUAUUCCAGUGGAGAGACUAAUUCCCACAGUUCCCUUGAGACUCAACUAUAUUCAUUGGGUAGAAGAUCUGAUUGGUCACCAGGACUCUGACAAAAGUACUCUCCGAAGAGGAAUUGACAUAGGAACUGGGGCAUCCUGCAUCUAUCCCUUACUUGGAGCAACCUUGAAUGGCUGGUAUUUCCUUGCAACAGAAGUGGAUGAUAUGUGUUUCAACUAUGCAAAGAAAAAUGUGGAAAAGAAUAACUUAUCUGAUCUCAUAAAAGUGGUAAAGGUGCCGCAGAAGACCCUCCUGAUGGAUGCUCUUAAGGAAGAAUCUGAGAUUAUCUAUGACUUUUGCAUGUGCAACCCUCCCUUUUUUGCCAAUCAAUUAGAAGCCAAGGGAGUGAACUCUCGGAAUCCUCGGCGGCCUCCACCCAGCUCUGUGAAUACGGGAGGUGUCACAGAGAUCAUGGCAGAAGGAGGCGAAUUAGAGUUUGUUAAAAGGAUCAUCCAUGACAGUUUACAACUUAAAAAAAGAUUGAGGUGGUACAGCUGCAUGCUGGGGAAGAAGUGUAGCCUGGCUCCUCUGAAGGAAGAGCUCCGCAUACAGGGGGUUCCCAAAGUCACCUACACCGAAUUCUGUCAAGGUCGGACAAUGCGAUGGGCUUUAGCUUGGAGUUUUUAUGAUGAUGUAACAGUACCAUCACCACCGAGUAAGCGGAGGAAGCUAGAGAAGCCGAGGAAACCCAUUACAUUUGUGGUGCUGGCGUCUGUGAUGAAGGAGCUGUCCCUGAAAGCCUCGUCCCUCGGGGCGGAGACGGCGGAAGGCAUAGUCGUGGUGACGACCUGGAUCGAAAAAAUCCUCACCGACCUCAAGGUGCAGCAUAAGCGAGUUCCCUGUGGGAAAGAGGAGGUUAGCCUUUUCCUAACAGCCAUAGAAAAUUCCUGGAUCCAUUUAAGGAGAAAGAAAAGAGAGCGCGUGAGACAACUGAGAGAAGUUCCUCGAGCUCCUGAGGAUGUCAUCCAGGCCUUGGAAGAGAAGAAGUCCACCCCCAGAGAGUCUGUGGGCAGCAGCCAGGACGGGGUGCAGGGCCCUGGGGAGAGCGCCCCAGGUGGGCCUGCUCUGCACGAACGCCAGCCUGCUGCUGUUGGGGGCCAUUGCCCAAGCCAGGAGUCCCUUUCCCAGGAAGAAAACCCAGAACCCAUGGAGGAAGAGCGAAGUGAGGAGAAAGGAGGGCCGGAGGCUGUGGAGAGCUGCAGAGGCUCUGGCCACGGGGCCCAGGACCCAGAGGCUCCUGAGCAGCUGAGCAGCCCUGGGGCUGAGACGGGCAGGCCUCUGCCAGGAGCAGCUGCUCAGUACCUGUUUAAGUGUCUCAUCAACGUUAAGAAGGAAGUGGGCGACGCCUUAGUUGAAAUGCAUUGGGUUGAGGGCCAGAACAGGGAUUUGAUGAACCAGCUGUGCACCUACCUGCGGAACCAGAUUCUCAGGCUUGUUGCCAGUUAACUCCAGACUGCGUGUCCAGGUAGAGAGGUGUCUGUGAAGCCUGCUUUGAGAGGCCUGUGGGCUGGCGAGAGGAAACCCAGCUCUGGCUCCCUUAGUAGCCUCAUGCGGCAUCACCUAAAGAGGAGAAGCCAAUUAAUCCAUUCCCUGCCCCCCAACCCUUUUUUUCUUAAGUUCCAGAGGGUUGUAUUGUGGAAGCUCAGGAGGGAGAACUUGCUUAUCAGCCACAACAAAAAGCCAUCAGGAAACUCAGGAGGGACUUCAAGGAGACUCCAGCAGGCCACCUCAGCUUUGGACUGUUGUAGUGUCAGGAGGUCAUGGGGCGAGCAGGCCUUGGGCCCUGCAUCCUAGGGUCCCCCUCAGGCUGGACCUGCUCACUCUGGCUGAUGAUUCCUGCGUCUGUCCUAAAAGGAGCUGGCCCCGGGCGGGAGGUGAGGGAAGCUGCGGUAGGUCAGUCGGUUCCUGGCCCAAGGCCGUCCUGUUGCUCGUCAGGAAGCACUGGGUGAGCUGAGCCCCUCCAUGGUCAGACACCCGCCCAGCGUGCCAGGCCCUGCCUCCAGCCUGCUAAGAGUACUGUUUUGCAGCAGGGCUACUGCUGUCUCAUUUUUGUUUUGACAUUAAAGUGGAACUUGUUUUGUUUUUAAUAUAAGAAUGCUCGAGUCAAGAGCUGUCCUUCCUGUGUGAGUCCUGGGCUUGGGAGCCAUUUUCUUGGCCUUGCGGGGUAAGUGGAAGGAUGGUGGGAAUGCAAAAGGGGGCAAGACCUGUGUGCAGCAGGGAAGUCUCACCCGUGCUGCUGACCAAAUGCCGCUCUCUGUGGCUUCCGUAUAGUCUACGCCAUGUUUUCCUGCUAGUGUUGGAGAAUUCUGUGGCCAGGGUGACCCUGUCCUUAAAACACCUCCCCAGUUGCAGUGCCAGGGUUGAGCAGAGAAGCCUCUGGAAGGAAUCUCCUUUUUGUUCUCUUGUGUUAGUAACCCUCUGCCAUACUUGACUUUCACAGCUUGAUUUCCCUCCAGCAGCCGGGGGUUCUAUUCCAGACUAAAACCUCGGCCGCGUAGCUAAGCCAGUCCUUGGACAGGCAGCUGUUGGUUAGGGGAGAAAGCAGAUGGGCUUGGCAUAUCUUGGUGGCAGCUAGAUCAGAUACUCAAAAAAGGUAUAGAAAAUGAAAAUAUGUUGCCUCCCCAUGGCAGGGGAUCCUGAGCUGAACAGGGCAGUGUGCUCACCUGGUCCACAGACCUCUAGGGCACCCACAAACCUUCUGGAAUUACUUCUAAGUGUGCUGUGAGCAGCUGUGUUUUGUUUUUAUUCUGGGGAAUAGGACCGUAGCAUAGAGCGGAUCAGUAACCUGUGAAGGAUUAAGAGCCGCUCUUUUGUCAGAACGAGGGACCCAGGGUCAGAGUCACACAGCCAGCGUUCGGGCCAGGGCCUUGGACUGCUCUGUCCGGGCACUCUCUGCUGGGCUGGCCGACACCACCUGACAUUACUCUUGAAUCAUAUGCUGGCCCCUACCUAGUGUUCUUGAUAUGAUUUGAAGAUCUUUGAGUUACGUGGCACCUAUUCCACGUCAUCAGUGAGUACUUGUUUGCUUGUUUAUAAAAGAGUAGUGCCUGCUCAUUAAAAAGAUUUGGACAAAUGUAAACCACAACAAAACUGCCCCUGGCCUCAGUUGCUCGGACUGACCGCUCUUGUGUCCCGUCGGUGUGUUUGCUUCCCGGCUUUUUUUUUUUUUUUUGACAGGAAGAGUGGAUAGUGAGAGAGAGAGACAGAGAGAAAGGUCUUCCUUUUUGCCGUUGGUUCACCCUCCAAUGGCCGCUGCAGCCGGCGCAUCUCGCUGAUCCGAAGCCAGGAGCCAGGUGCUUCUCCUGGUCUCCCAUGCGGGUGCAGGGCCCAAGGACUUGGGCCAUCCUCCACUGCCUUCCCGGGCGAUAGCAGAGAGCUGGCCUGGAAGAGGGGCAACCGGGAUAGAAUCCGGCUCCCCGACCGGGACUAGAACCCGGUGUGCCGGCGCCACAAGGCGGAGGAUUAGCCUGUUAAGCCACGGCGCCGGCCUUGCUUCCUGGCUUUCUGUGGCUGGGGUGUGUGGGUCUAUGGGUAACUUUGGUUGUGCUCCUGCUGUGCCUUCAGCUUCCUAGGUGGUGAUGGUGGUGAUUGGUUUUUUUUUUUCAUGUGACAUCUUUUUCUAUGUUAUUGCAACUAGCAUGUUUAUUUACACUCCUUGUGUGUUCAGAGUGUUUCUGGCUUAGAACUGAUCUUUGUUUAGUCUUAGAGGGUCCCAGAGAAUGUUCUGUGACUGGAGGCACAAGAGGUGUGUCUGUGCCUGGUGUCAAUCCCAGGUGGAGACGUGGUGUCAUGGAGGAGGUUUUAUAGCUGCUAAGCUGAGGACCUUAGAAUUCACAGAGCCCCCUGCGACAAGGGAGGCGUCCCUAGGCUUGGAGGUGCUGGAGCCUGUGUGCUUUCCUUGUGUUUGGAGGUCUCAGUUUCCUCCUGAGAAGAGUAGUCAGAUUAUCUUGUUGAAAACAUUUGCAUUCAAAGGACACCUGCCAGCUGGGCUCUGCACAGGCUGCAUGAAGGGGUGAUGUGCAGGGCACCCCGCAUGCCGGAGAGAAGGGGCUCUUCUUCACAGGGGUUACCUGGAGUGAUGCUCUCCUUCAGUCUGGAGGUCAAGUUCUGUUGGUGAAUUGGUUGGAAAUCAAAUCUUUGUGGUGUUGUCUUCAGUUCUAUUCUGGUUCCUUGACUUGCCUUCUGAUCGUUUGAUGACUAAAACGGGAGCAGAAGCACGGCUUGUUUCCGAGGCAAACCAAGGCUGCUUUUGUUCGUUGGAGUCUGCUUUGGAAUCUGGUUCUCGCCCCACUCUGGCCACCCCGAGCUUCGAGCUUCGAGCUUCGAGCUUUGUGACACCUCCUACAGGGUUGGCAGCCCUGUGGUGAGGUGUCAGCCCAUUUUAAGGGUUCCUAUUGAUUCAUAUGUAUUUUAGAAAACAAAACCUCUUUUUUUCUUAGUGGAAAUCAAGGCUUCCUCUGUGAGCACACCAGUUUGUAAACUCUAACAGGAAUAAUACAAACUGCAAGGUGUGAGAACGACAUAAAGGCCCAUGGAGAAUCUGGGGCCGUCUUUUUUAGAGACUUGGUGCGUUUUUGACUAGCUGUGGGAGCAGCCCCUCCCUCGUCCUAAGCCACAGCAUUUCCAUGUAGAGCCACACGGGGGCAGCGGUGGCCCUUUUAUCUAGCACAUUCGCUGUCAGAUAUAGAUAAAAUUGUGUCCAUGUUUCUUGAAAUAUCCAGUUACUACCCAGAUAAGUAUUUUUAUGUAAACAAGUACAUUUUUACAUAACUAAAAUUUGAAAAAUAAAAUUAUAAAGAGAAAAACACUACCCAUGGUCUUUUUAUCCAGAAUAAUCCCUUUCAACCUUUUAGUUUGGGGGGAGUUUUUUUUUUUUUUUUUUUAAUGGUCCCAGUUGACUAUUUUUUCUUUUCUUUCCAUCUGUCCUUGGAUCAGUCCUGUGACCAACUCUUUAUUGGUAUCUAGUUAACGGGGAUACGGGAGGGGGGGAUGUUAAGUGAUUUUUCAUAUGGUGACUUCUCACAAGCUUUCUGUUCCCGAGAACACCAAGGAGGAGACUGUUUCCAUGUCCCUUAGUCGUUUCUCACAUCGGGUGUAUUUGGUUGUGAUUUAGAUCAAAGGUUAGCGAGAGCUCUGACUGUAUGCACCAUCCAAGUUGGCAAGGCUCUGUCGGCUCAUGGAGAGGUUUUAUCCGCCCUUACUUUUACGGUGCAGGAUCAAGUGUUGUGGAUCUGCCCAUCAGAAAGGAGAAGGUCCAGUUUGGAAAACAAGUCAGGAGCCCUCUAGGAAAGGGGAGCUCAGAGGUGCAGCAGGGGAUGUCCUGAAGACAGGGGCAUGGCCGCACAGAUCUUGGGGGAGUCGUGCUCUCUGCCUAAGUAGGAUGAAUGAGCUUCUGCCCACUGGAGCCAGGCUUGGAUGGUUGGAGAAUCUCAUGUAUCCCAUGUACCCCUCGGCACAAAUGCCAGCGGAGCAUCAGAACCCCCCGCCCGGCAGCAAGGCCUCACGCUCUGUUCUGCUGUGACUCACCCAAAUGACUAAAACAGCGGUUUUUUAAUUGCUGGUUGGAACAGCUAAUGCUGCCUUUCAGAGGCUGUGCUUUUACUGCAGGGAGCUGUGUUGUGACUGAGCACGGGCACAGCGUCUCCCCACCCCCCUCGGUCCAGGCAGGAACACCCAGGCCUCUGAGCUCCCUGCAGGGGAAGUGGAGGGACACGGGUACUCUAGGAGCAGGGGACCUGGGGGAAGAGGCACACAGCAGGAAGCACAGUGGGGCUUGGCGGAAGCCGGCUUCUUUAUACUGCUCUGAAGCGGGCACAGGCUGUGUAAACCCAAGUCACCUUUCCAGCCACCCCAGGAGAGUGAAAACCAGGGAAGAGCGCACAUGUGGCCCUCCCAGACCCCUCCCAGACCGGUGCCGCGGCAGCUGCACCCCUCACUAUACUCAGCUCCCUCCCGUCUGCAUCUCUGUGGCCCAGAAUGCCUCUGAGAUUCCAGAAAAAUCUUACCAGUGGACUCGCGUAGACUGUCACCUCAGGUAUGUGCUGCGGGUACAAGCUACAGGUAGAGAAUACCACUUUUUUUAAUUUUUAAAAAGAUGUAUUUAUUUAUUUAUUUAUUUAUUUGAAAGGCAGACAACAGAGAGGGAGAGACAGAUCUUCCAUCUGCUGGGUUACUCCCCAGUGCCUGCAACAGCCAGGACUGAGCCAAGCCAAAGCCAGGAGCCAGGAGUUCCAGCCACAUCUCCCACAUGGGUGGUAGGAACCCAGGCACUUGGGCCAUCAUCUGCUGCCUUUCCAGGCGCAUUGGUGGGGAGCUGGAUUGGAAGGGGAGCAGCCAGGACUCGAACCAGAGCUCCAAAAUGGGAUGCCGGAGUCCCAGGAGGCAGUGUAACCUGUUGUGCCCCAGUGCCAGCCCCACAAUGUCACCUUUUGGCCAAGAACAAAGCUUCCGUUUCUACAUUAUGGAGGAAGGAACAGAAAACCAGUGUUGCUUGUUGGUGUCCUAUGUAGAUUGUCUCGUUCAGCAGCCCUGGGAGGUGAUGGACUGGUGUCCUGUGUGACACUGAAUGGAAGCGCAGAGAGCCUAACCGGCUCUAGGGUUAUUCACAGGGCUGAAUUGUGGAAGUGGGACUUGAACUCACGUCCGAGGAGCUGAGACUGGGCUCUUGUGUCAGAUCUCAAAAGCCAGUGCCCAGGGCUGCAGGUGCACUGGGUCUGCCAUGCUCUUGUGAACCUCUGGGGAAGGCGGCGUCAGGGAGGUGACACAGGGAAGAGAAAAGGCAGCUCCUCCCAGCAUUACAAUCUGGCAUUUCCAUAUUUGCUAGCUACGAUCAAUGAGUGAGAUGUAGUAAGUGAAAUUACUUAUAAUUACUUCUUAAUUUAUGCUACCAAAUCUUCCCAGAAUCUUGUAUUUGGCAGUAGUGCAGAUAAUUAAGUAGUUAAUGAAACCACGAAAUAAAAUGUCUAGUGAGAGCACAUGUUGGACCAGAAUCAGUGUGAAAUAACUGAUAAUUAGGUAAUGACUCUGACAAUACAUAAUUGUAUGAUAAUGGAAGAGAGGCCUGAUUCUUUUUUUAAUAAGGCAGCUCCAAAUAUUUUACUUAGAGAACACCACUAGACUGACGUGCUUUUUGAGCUCCCCCACCCUGCUUGCCACUGAUACACUUGUUCUCUCCUGGCAGAGAGGGGCCCCAGUCUGGUCCGCAUAGGGUCCUUCCUUCAGACGUGGCUGUCCCAGGACUCCGGCCUUCAGGGCCAAGCGGGAGUGCCUUGUAGGGCCUGGCUGGGAGUUCAGUGAGCUCUGGACCAGUGCACAUGAGGGCUGUGUGUUCACAGAGGGGCUGGGCAAGAAGAGUGGUGGCCCAGCUAAGAGGGAGUUGCUCUAGUCAUCACUGCUGGUUACUGGAGUAGUUGUCUAGUGUUGUUGAGUCAUCUUGAUUUUUGAGGGAAGCCAGAAAUCCAGAUUUAUGAGAAAUUUACUUACUUAUGAAUCCUGAAAAGUAAUUCACUAUCAAAAAAAAAGUUUGCGAGCUCCCCUUCCAGCAGGCAGUGGGACUGUCCGGGCCUUGCUGCCUCCCCUUCACAAGGCUCCUGAGCCUGCCCUCUCCAUGGGCCUCCCGCUCGGGUCUCCCCCUUCUGGCUGUGUCCACUCUCCCAAACCCAGACCCUUCCUCAACCUCCAGGCACCCACUGGUCAUCUCCUCUGGACCAACAUCCACACCAGCUUCUCCUUUGUGAUCCAUCUCCAUCCGCCCCGCCCUCCCUUUCACCAUGCACAACAGAAGUCUUCAGGAAGGCUGGCGCCGUGGCUUAACAGGCUAAUCCUCCGCCUUGCGGCGCCAGCACACCAGG